GGCAAAUUCGAGGAACAGCAGAUCAUCCGAAAAUGUAAAAUUCAUCGCAAAGAUCAUCAUUAAAAAGAUCACAAUAAUCAUUCGUGGGCUGAUUUUGGUUCCCUAUGAUCCCUCGCGCCUAGUGCUAGUAGUGUUGCCUGUAAUUUGACGUAAUCAUAUCUUCGACUCCGAUCUCGCCCUUUGAAAAACCCUGCACAGGCCUUCAAGUUAGCGUCCUCCUGCCCACCUAGCAAAAACCUUUUCCAAUACACCAAUAGAGAAAUUCAAAUUCGACACCGUGAAGGCACAUAUUAGCAAAUACAAAGUCACACACUUUUUACUUAUACCUGUAAAUAAGCAAAACAUAACUUAUUAGAAACGACACCCAAAGCAAAAAAAAAACAUCUGUAGUCAUUAACGUUACGAGCAUUUACGAUAUCAUUUUUUCCGUACUGUCUGAGUCAGAGCAGCAUUGAAUUUGGAAUUGAUAUUACGAGAGACCACAGACGCAGUUGUGUAGCUAGCACGAAAGACAAAAAGCUUUUCAGUUACAACUGUUAUCCGUUAGUCACUGCAUUGAUUGUCAUCGCCUUUUCUGCGUCUGAAGCCUCACUUUUUCUCUUUUUCCAACGCGUUUAACCAUCAAAAUGUUCCGAACUUUUUUCGUCCUAUCUGUCUUUCCGGUUGCGCUCGAGGGAAGCGAGUUUCGGGCAGAUUCUCCUGUUUUCGAUAGUAGCGGAAUCGGAAUAGUGGUACCAGAUGUCAUUGAUCAUAAAGAUUGUCCAAAUCCUCUAGAUCCGGUUUACGGGGUACCUGCAGGGUUCGUACCGCGCCCCGGUCACACUGGCAGCAGCAGCAGCUCGUCGGCUCCGUGUGCGGCAUCUGGUGCUGAUAUAUUUCGCUCAGCGAAGCAGGAAAGCAGAAGUAGCGGACGAAGUGCACAAGAUUUUCUCCCGAAUCCGGAACAGAAGUUUGUGGCUGUACGUACGGUUGGCGGACGAGAAAUCGACCGCCUGCGGACCGAUGGGGUGCUCACGCAUACGGAUUUCGCUCGAAUCGAGAAAAUUCUCGGAAUUGACCGGACGAGGAACAGGGUGAAGUUGAUUGGCUUGGGUAGUACUGCAACAGCAACAACUCCUGGCCGUCCACUUGCCUCCGCGGUCGCGCGAGGAACAGCGGACCCGCAUGCACCGUCACGGCAUCGCGCAAAUUCUUCUAGUCCGCCCCGCAAGAAGAACGGAAGAAACAAGAUGACUUCGCGGCACCGCUCUCCUAGCGCAGGGUCCGCCCGCGGUAGGCGACAAAGAGCGGAGCAAGCCAACAGAGAAGUAGCUGAUUUAGAAUUGGAAGUCGGCCAGCGCGUGCCCGAGACUCUGCAAUCGAUUCAGGCAGUGGUCACUGCUCGCUACCGCACUGCGUUGGACAACCUCCACGAAUUGUUGUUUGCCGAGAAGUCGCAGUUUCUGCUGGCGCGUCUCCGUACCACGAUGGAGGAGGAUGAGGAAGCGAACAAGCAGUUGUUAGCGAACAAGCUCCUCGAGUUGCUCGUGACCACGGACGAGACCGGAGACUUAGUUCUGCCUCUCGACAACGACAACACGCUGACCCUCGAGGACUUGGAACAUAAAAUUGCCGGUCCUUCGGGAGUGUUGAGUGACGUCUCAAGGGCCGGAAGUUGGGGGCCGGAUUGGAUGCAGUUCGACCCCCGCACGAGUGAUGCAGACAAGCUCUUGCAGGUUCGAUCUCAUGGCGGUAUACUCGAAAUGCAUGCCGUGCUCCACGAUUGGCGAGGUGUUUUCAUUCAGGAUACAACAUGUUCAUCCUAUGCAAGAAACGCCGAGGGAGCAGAAGCACAAGAUGAAGAGGUGGAGGCAGCUGCCAUUUGUGCCGCCUCAAGCGCGAGGCCCCCGAGCGGCCAGAUGAUCGCCGCAACUGGUAACCAGAAGGCUGACGACGGUGCAGCUCGCCGGGCUCGGGAGGAAGUCCCGAGACGCGAGUUCGAUAUCGAGUACACAUUUAAACGAGCAGCUGGAGGGGUUGACGCAGCGAAUCCUGGUGCCGUAGCGGGACCUUUGUCAGACGGGGUGCGCCGAUCGCCGCGUGUUGGCCGCCGCAAGGGGCACGACGACGACGACGUUCUCACCGGGCUAAUCUUGGCACGCAAAAGUGUUCAAUGGAAUUAUUUGGAUGGUCGUGAGCAUGAUGAGCCGGAAGAUAUGUACAGUUUUGCUGUCGAUGGAUUUGAAAACACCAACAACGGAGCAAAAGUGCAGAUACGUCUUCGCGGGUUGGUGUCGCAUGACCGUGACGAGAGCGACUCAGAUGACGGAGCGCAAGCGGGGCCUCAAAACUUCGAGUUUCAGAUCGAGGUGACUCGUGCCGACGGAGAUAUCUACUCCCUUAGGGUGAUGGAAGCCCAGGCUGACGUACCGGUUCCUACUGGCGGUCAGUAGGCUGCGUCUACGUAUAGACGAAGCGCAAACACCCGCUGUCCUCGUGAUCUGAAAGUUUUUCUUUCUGAAAAACCAGUUCAUGCCAUACCUUGACGGGUCUCCCUAUGCUGACGCAAAAUUGGAAAUGUUCUACAAAGGCGUGCGCAGCAGUUCCACAGAACAAAAGAUAAAAAAGGUCUACUUACUUUAUUUUGUGCUUUGAUAAAUAUAUGCUCAUGGCGAACGAAUUUUAGUCAUGUUUUACUUACGUAUACGCUAGCAAAGAAACGCUAUGCGUCUUUGUUUGCGACCGACGAAAUGAAAAAUAAUCGGGAAAUUUACAUGUGGAUUUCCCGCGCGCCUUGUUGUAUGAUGUGCCACAUGUUAUCACAUUUAUUUCUUGACUUUUUGCUUUAUACUUGAGAACAAAGUCGAGAUUGGUUAUUAGCCAGCCUUACUCUGCACACAAAAAUGUCAAUAAAAGAGAGCGCUCUACUAUCUCGAGUACGUAUGUACCAGAAAUACGUCGACGUGAUGAGUUUAAGUUUAUGAUGUAUUUCCCGGGCUCCCGCUACAACUGCUCUAUGUUUUUUCUUGUAAUUCUAAUUCGAUUUUCGUCAUUUCGCAAACUGGGUCUAAACGUAGACAUCUAGAACCAAAGAUAUCAAAUAAUGAGACCUACCGGCUACCGCGAACGUGCUAUGGUGCUCAACGAGAAUGACCUCAGCGUCUUUAUCAUGGCCUCUAUCUAGACAGUCCCUUGACCUAGACCUUCCGCUUUUCGAAAGCCGUUCUGCUAACUCAGAACUCAAUAAGAAGUAAUGGUG